UCAUAGCAACAUGGAAACAAUGGCUUACUCUGAGAACUGCAAGAACCUGACAACGUACUGGGAUACUGGCAAGAAUAAUUGUGUAUCUUGCUCAGACAAAUUUCCUCUGCCAAAAGCAGGUGAAGGAUUUGCAGCAAAUUGUGGUCUCAGCGAUGAUGAAGGAAAGCAUGUUGGAGAGUAUGAAAAUUGCAGUACUGGAACUUACAACAAUGGCAGUUUCCUGAGCUGUCAAAAGUGCAAAACAUGCUCCUAUGUCAUGGUGAACUGUACUACAAUAGCAGACACUCAAUGCUUAAAAGUGGACCAUACCACAUACCAUACCAAGGCAACAUACAACAAUGAUCAUACCAAAGCAACACACAACAAUGACCAUACCACAGCAACAUACAGCAAUGGCCACACAACUGUGAUGACAACCGACUCCGACAAAUCCACCACAACUGGCCUAACUGAGCUACCGCAGUGGAUAGCUAGUGGAGGGAUCAUCAUCCCCAUCAUUCUGGUCCUUUUGUCUUUCAUUUACAUGAUGAGGCGGUGGAACAUCAAGAACAGAGAGAUGAAAAAACACAAGUCCCAGUGUAGCUCCACAACAGCAACGCACACUGAACUUGGCACCCUGGAAAGUGUUAACAUCAUUGAACCUGAACUGCAGGUGAUGCCAUUACAACUUCUGCUGGAUAACAUGGAUGUGCUGGAGGACCUGCUGAUCUUGCUAGACCCCGACUGCAGUGGAUUGAAGAACACUCGUCACCUGGCUGCCCGCUGCCAUUUCUCCUCUACCUGGAUUAAUUAUGUGUAUUCCAAGAGAGACAGCAAGAGCCCUCUAGUUGCUGUGCUGGAGGCAAUUGCUGCCCGGUCUCCCGAGUGGACUGUGGGUCAACUGGCAGAGCUUCUUCACAAUAUUGACCGUCAUGAUGCUGUCAAUGUCCUGAAGAAACUCAGUCAACCCCAGAAAGUUUAAGUACACAAAAAUAUGGUCAGAUUCAUUAACAUUUAUUAAUUUAGCAGAAGCUUUUAUCGGAUUUAUUUAAAUUACAUUGCAAGGGCAAAUAACAACUCAGGGUUAAGAGCCUUGCUCAAGGGCCCAAUAGUUGAAGGCGAGAAUACUUUAAAGAUACUGCCGUCAGUAUCAGUAUAGUGAGUCAUUCCGUUUCAAAUCAGAUAAGGUUGUUGCUACACCGUCUCAGAUUUUGUUAAAACUUUGUCAAUAUCAUCAAUGGGUCCUAAAACCAAGGCCUGUGAAAUAUUUCUGUACAAAUCAUCUGUCUUCAUAUCUUUUUCAGACCUUGUUUCAUUUUUACAGCUUGAGAAACACAUGCUAUGUUUGGGCAUUAAUAUCUUGACAAAUAUGUUGUUCCCUAGCCUCCCACAUUUUCUAGGGUAGAAGAUCAGCUCAUAAUAAGCAUGUGUAAACAAUGUAAAGUCUGUACUAAAUGUCUCUUGACUUUUGAAAAGGCCCUAGACUUUGGACAAAUGUGCAGUAAGUGUGAUAUUGAGGGUAUGAAAAAAACAGUUUCUUUUUAUCACUUGGUAUCAGUCACUAUUUUCUAUAUUGAAAUACAUCAACUUAUUAAUGUUUUCCCACAAUUUGAAGUUUCCAUGACAAAUGACCAUGACAAUAAUAAGGAUAAAUAUGGCGUGUUUGUAUUUUUUGUGUCAUUUUUGAAACUGAAAUGCUAUGUGGGGUAGGUAGUAGGACUAUGAACAUGUAUGUGGAAAGCACAAAGAGUAUGGACAUUUAGUGUGUAAAGUAUCAAUAUUGUACUGAGUCCCAUUAACAGAAUAAAUACAUGUAGUUACAGGUGUUAGAACACCAGAAUAAACAUUUUCAAUAAAAAAAAAAGAAUAAAAAAAUAGUGCCCCCCUCAGGUGAAAUAAUAUGAAAUGGCUGUAUUUUACUUUUCAUAUUACAGAAAUUGAUAAUACCUUGAAAAUGAAAAGGAUGCCAAAUACGCCAAAUUAUGUACUUGAAAUUGUGUUUUAACCAUUAAUCUAAUCCUGCCAUCUAUGUGCUGUGCCAGCCCAAGCCACUACUAAUUCCAUAUAUUCAAUAUUUGGCAUCCUUUUCAUUUUGAAGGUAUUAGGAAUUUUCUUGUUAUUUUUGUAAUAUGACAAGUAAAAUAAAGCCGUUCCAUUCAAUUAAAGAAGCCUAUCUAUCAGAUGCCUUGAAAAAGGAGCAAAAUCUUAUGUUGAGUUUCACCUGAGGGGGCGCUAUUGUAAAUGUUUAUUUUGGUGUUCUCAAAACACCUGUAACACAUUUAUUCUGUGAAUGGGACACAUAAUGUUUCAUGGUCCUACUACCUACCCCACAUAGCAUUUCAGUUACAUGAAAAUUACACACAUUUGUGAGGUCACACACCGAUGUUGGACGAGGCGACUGGUUCUCAGGAUCCACUCUAACUCAUCCCAAAGGUGUUCUAUUGGGUUGAGGUCAGGACUAUGUGCAGGCCAGUCAAGUUCAUCCACACCAAACUCUGUCAUCCAUGUCUUUAUGGGCCUUGCUUUGGACAUGGAAGGGGUCAUCCCCGAGCUGGGCUUGGUCCCUUAGUUCCAGUGAAAGGAACUCUGAAUGCUUCAGCAUUUACCAAGAGAUUUUGGACAAUUCCAUGCUCCCAACUUUGUGGGAAGUUUGGGGAUGGCCACCUCCUGUUCCAACAUGGCUGUGCACCAGUGCACAAAGCAAGGUCCAUAAAGACAUGAGGGACGUGAUGGAGAAGUGUCCGAUACAUGAGGUGUGAGGUUGUUAGAAGGAGAGGAGGUUGGUGGGGAUAUUUAUUGUCUGCAGGAAUGGUCAUUUGUGUUUAGAACUACUGUGAAAAUGAAUGGAAAUAAAUUCUAUACACGUCUCAAAGAGAACCUAUUGCUGUCUAUUGUGAAACUAAGGCUUGGGCUCUACUUAACACUUUACAUUACAGAUCGUCUCUCCUCAUGUUAAUGAAUGUGAUGGCUAGAAUAUUUUGGGUUCUGAUUGGCUGUUAGCUUUAUAUCGUUCUCAAAAUCGCUCUGAAAGUGAUCAGCAACGAUAUCGUUCGUCAUGUCGUUAUCGUUAUAGUUUAUGUGUGAACGUUGUCAUUCAUAUUAAUGAGAGCGAUAUUUGUUUAUAGUUAUCGUUAUCGUUCUUGGUGUGAACGGCCCUUUACUUUUCAACUACCAUACAACUAACAACAGUGCAAAUA